AAAAAUCUCGACGUCACUCGAGACUACAAAAGCGCCUUUUGCAGGCCUAAUAUUUAUAAUAUAUAACAAGGGAACGUACAAAAACAGGCUUAAAAUCGAUCGCAUCGCUUCCACCUAAUGACAGAGCGUCGAACAAAAAGCCACAAAAAUAACGAAUUAAUAAUUAAACGGACGGAGGCAUCGAAUUAACCGAAGUUACUGAUAUAUGCCAGGUAUUGCGGUGUUUUUCUUCGAUCUUUUUCUUUCUAUGCUUUUCUCUUACAAGUUUCCUGCCAGCAUAAAAUGUCAUUUGGAGAGAAGGCGGCGUUUUAUAUCGAACGCCUCACUAGCCUAACUUGGCAAUAGGAAUGAAGGGGACUGUGGCAUCGAAUAAACCGGUGCCUAAUGUAAAUAUCGAUUUGGAUCAAGAAGAGGUCUAUUAUAGGGAUGGGGAUCGAAUUUCUGGAAAGGUCCGAAUUGAAGUUAUCGAAGAUUUAAAAUAUAAUUGUGUAAAAUUUGAAGCCUUGGGAAUUGCCGUCGUCAAAUGGAAGGUAGACGAAUGGCUAGAUACUGCUACAUUUCCGGAAGUUGACUGUAAACUUGCCAAGCAUCAUAGUAAGGAAAUUUAUCUGGACAAGCAGUUUCUUGUCCUGGAAAAAGAAGGAGGCAUUUUGGACAGAGCGCCAGUUUUAAAAGCCGGUAAACAUGAAUUCGAAUUCUCCUUCUGUUUACCUCCGGAGUUACCAUCUUCCUUUGAUGGUCAAUAUGGACGAAUAGCUUAUUUAAUUCGCUGCGUAUUCGAACGUCCCCGGAAGUCGCCUCUCGUCUUCCGAAAACCAUUUACAGUAAAGUCAGGAUUGGAUCUAAAUUUUAUAGCCGAAGCUGCUUAUCCUAUAAAGAUUUGUAAGAAUAAACAAGUUGGUGGUACGGCCUGCUGCAACGGUAACAAGUCGAUAACAAUUGAUUGGUCUGUAUCUCGUUCCGGUUACAUUCCCGGUCAAGAAAUUCUUGUCAGAGGGGCUGUUCAAAACGAUUGUUACGACCUGAUUAAUUAUAGCAAAGCAGUCCUAUUUAUGAUAAUAGAAUAUAAAAAAAAGUAUAGAUUUAAAAGGGAGGAGAAGGAAAUAGCUUGCGUUGAAAAGGGGCCUAUAGGGCCUGGUGGUAUCGAAGUCUGGAAUGAUAACUUACUAGUGCCAGAUUUAAUUCCACCCUCCGUCUACGAAAGAUCAUUACUCAUCGUUAUUCGAUACGAACUUCAUCUUAUCGUUGAAUUAGAAAGUCGUCUUAAACCUAUAACCUUCUCAAGGGAAAUUUAUAUCGGAACUGUACCAGUGAAUAGAACAGAUAUGAUAUCUUGCUUAUCCGCAAUCUACUCUGUGCCACAUUGUUUAAAUAGCGUUAAUCAAGUUUCCAGUUCAUCUAUGGAAUCAUUAAAUAACACUGCUGAAGAAGAUGAAAACCGUCUAAAUCCAACUGCUCCGCUAUUAAGCGACAUCGAAGAUAAUCAUCGCACUAUACCUUCUGCUCCGAAAUACGAAGAUUUAGAGAGGUCUGGAGAAAUUGAUGAUAGCGACAACGUCGAAGAAGAUGAAAUAAUAACAGACUCUCAUAGCAACCUAGAAGAUUCUGAAGACAGAGAAACCAGUGAAGGGGCUCACAGCGAGAAGACUCUUUCUAUUGAAUCGAGGGGCGUCAUCGGAACUUUUUCGAUUAGGAAUUUUGAGAUUGGAGAAAGAGAAAAUGUGGAUGAUGACGAAACUGACGACGAUUUUCUCUCAGAACCAGAUGAUGUUAUUGAUAAUGACAACGAUACAGAAGAUGAAGAGAAAGAAGCAUCCGAUAAUGUCGAAUCUGAAGAGGAAGAAGAAGAAGAGAGUAGGAUAAUAAUUUGUGGUCCAACAAACAGCGACGAAGAAAUUUUAGAAUCAAAGAAAUCUCCAAUUGUUAUUAGAAAACGAAGGGGAAAGAGGAAGAAAGCUAUCUUAGUGGCCAUUUAACGACAAAAUACGCUUUCUUUCAUUCUUUUAAGUCUCUUCACUACUGUUCACUAUUAUUUGCCUUUUUUUAGAAUAACAAAUAACUAUUACAGAAGUUAGAAAAUUGUAAAUAUAUAAAUGAAAAAGUAAGGGAAGAUAAUUCUCACGGAUAGACGGAUAAUCGAUCUGAAAUACAAAAAAGGAUAGAAUGAAAAAGAAAGAAAUAAAAAUGAACGGCCUUUUAAAAUUAACCCGCCUUUUAUUUUGUCUGUUUGUAAGUACGUCUUUCUUUAUUUUACUUUGGGAAGCACCUUGUGAUGUGAUGGAAACAUUGCAUAAACUGUACCAAAUAACUUAAAACAAAAUGGAUCUUCAGGAGGCACUUAUCAAGUUCGGCUAUCUAUCUGUCUAACAGAAGAGAAGAAGCUAAAGAGAUAUGCAAUAAGAGGAAUAAAUCCCUACGAAGACGACCUAAAUAUAUAUAUAUAUAUGCUGUAUAUAUAUAUAUUUUUCAUAUUGUGCAUUGUAGUGGGUGCUAAGAACAAUCCAACUAUUCUUUCAGUUUAAUUUUCGUUUAAAUGUAUUUUGUUUUUUUAUUAUUCAAUAUGGAAUAGAGCAUGCAAUAAAGCUAGAAAAUGUUGUCUUUUAUUCAUAUAAUAUAUAAAUAUAUAUACA